AUGAAGUCUGUUUCGACUCUCCUCUUCCCCCUCUCCUAUGGUGUUCUUGCUCUUCAAGGUGUUCUUCGACAAUCGGAUCCUCAGCUUGUUCACCUUACCUUCCAUGGCGGUCUUGAUUCUUACUCUAUGGCUUUCCGUGCUGAUGGCAGUACUCGCAAGACUGAUCAUGAUCUCAGUGUCGAUAUCAUCGACAACUCAGACUACAAUGCGCUUGAACAAUGCUUCUUCGUCAUCGAGGGCCAAGCGAAGUUGACCCCUAAACUCAGUACCAAAGAUGGCUUCUAG